AUGUAUGGUUAAAUUUCAGUUUUGAAACAGAUGAAAAUUUUUGUUAACAUUAUUUUUAGAUUCAAUACCAUGUAUAUAUAUAUGUUUUAAACUCAUAAGGAAUAAAUGAAUUGUUGUCAAAAUGUUUAUGAUCAUUAUUUUUAUUUAUUGAAAUAUAUAACAUUAUUAUAUUAUCAAAAAAAUUAUUAAAAUUUUUAAUUUUAUAUUUGUAUUUACCUUCUAUAUGACUUAUACUUUUGGAUCUCAAGAAAUUAAAUAUGUUUGUGUAUGUAUAAUUAAGUAAUAAUAAGGAGAUUUUUUACAAAUAUCAGAUAUAAUAAUUAUUUACUUUUAGGGAUGGUAACUACUGGAGCCACAGUUUUAAUGGCAACCAGUGAAGGAACUUCAAAUGGAAUACAAAAUAAUUCCACACAAUAUGAAAAUCAAAAUAUUUGUUGUCGCUACAAUGAGGUACAUAAUAAUCAGCAAAAUUCAGAAUGUCCAAUUAAAAAGAAUAUAACAUCUUGUAACACAAAUAAAGAUAAAGGUCGUACCUCCAUGUUGGAAAAGAAUAGUCGAUUGAUUUCAAGAUCAGAAACUAAGGAAAGUAGUAAAAAUCAUAUAUUACAUAAAACAGCAUUAGUUCGUGAAACAAAAGCUUCUAGAUUACGAGCAGCCUCUAUUAUAUCACCUAAUGCUGAAUGUAAUAUUAGACAAACUAGAAGACAAUCAAAUAAACAAGGCUACAUAUCUGAUACAAUAUCUACUUCAUAUUCUAGUAAUCAACAAGAAACAACUAAUUUAAGUAAAAAGUCUUUUGACUUGAAAAACACUUGCCAGAAAGUUAAAGAAAAUUAUUCAAAAACUUAUACAUUGCCCUCAUUGAAUUCUCCUGCAAAUAAUAAAAAUAUACAACGAACUAGUAGCGGUGGACAUAGUGAUUCAGAAGUUUCACGAAGAGUUGACGCGUUAACAGCGUUAACAAAAUCUACAAUAGAACGUGUAGAAAGACUUAAGUCACACUCAAAUUUGUCGACAAAUUAUGGAUCACGAUUAGAAAAUCAUUCAUCUAAUAUACCAAAUCAAGCUACAGAAAAUAGUACGAAUAAUACGCGUGCAUUGCAAUUAUCUCCAAGAAAAAGUUCUAUUUUGAAAAAGUCAAAUGAUGAACACUCUCAAGAUGGAUCUUUAAGUCAUCAACAUAUACCAGUUUCAAUUCUCAAACAUAAGAUGUCUGAUAUUGAUACAAGUCAAAAUAUACCUACCACUGCGAAUCACACAGUUUUGCCUGUAACGUUUUCACCAUCUGUUAGAGAACUUACACAUAAAAAACAUGGUAUUUUAAAAAAGCGGAGUAGUUUGGACGAAAGUGAAAUACUUCGACGACGCAGUUGCUCACCCGAUAUUUCGUCUAUUGACAAUACCUAUUCUGAGUUCAGGCCAAUAUUAAAAAAUCAAAGACGAUCAUCUUUAGAUGAAAUUAUUAAAAGGGAUCAGAGUCCAGAUCCUCAGCCUACUUCAAUAUUAAAACGAAAAUCAUCUAGAGAAGAUGAUCGAGAAGAUCGUCAGAUUGGUUCUGCAGAACCACAGGGUAUACUUAAAAGAAAAUCUACAAAUAGUCAACGAACAACUACUGCUAAUCAUCAUGUGACUAUUACAAUGGAUACAACAAUUGUAAGUGGUUCUGAAAUACUUGAUAGUUCUGAAGUGAGGCCAAUCCUAAAGAAAAAGCAUAGUAGAGAAGAAUCAUUCGGUAAUGAUCCACCAUCUUUAGAACCACGGCCAAUACUAAAAAAGAAAUCGAGUACAGAAUCGGAUGAAUAUGAUGAUAAACCUAAAAAAACUAUUUUAAAAUGUACUCGAAAAAAUUCACAGGAUGAAUGUAACUAUGAAACAGAAUUGACCUCGCCAAAAAAAUUGUCAAUGCUUAGAAAUCGUACUUUACAAAAUAGAACAAGUGCAGUAUUAGAGAAUGAUCCUGUACGACCUAUAUUAAAGCAACCCGGCAAUAGAGACAACGAAUCACGAGUCCGUUUAAACUUAUACGAUGAAACAGUUGUUAGUGAUGAUAUAUGUAUAGAACCAGCAAAUUUAUUUUUGCGAAAAAGAGCACAAUCUGUGGGCCAUAUACAACCUUCUAUUUCUAAUGAAUUCAAUGCUGUACUUAAUAAACGAAGAUCUCUUGAAUUAAUAUCUGUAGGUGCUAUAUCAGAAGAAAAAUCGCAAGUAAAAUUAGCAACCAGUAAUAUCUAUUUAAAAGCAGCCCCUUCCUUAGGUGAUGACAGUGCCAAUAUUUCUAUUAUUCCUUGUGAAAAAUUGUACAGUAACGUGUUUAAUUACAGCACAGUAAAAGAGAAAUUUGCAGAUAAAGAAAAGCAAACUGUCAUAGUAUUUGAAAGUGAAGAAGGAAAUAAAGUGAUUUCACAUGGACUUGUAGAUAACAGUGUUGAUAAUAGUACUUCAGUUUCUAUUAGAAUGAAUGAUAAAGAGUAUUCGAGUAAUCAAACGCUGUGUGUGCAAGAAAAAACAAGUGAUGGAAACAUCCAAGAAAGUAAUGGUAUACACUAUAAUAACAAUGUUUCCAAAAUGACAUUGCAUUUUAAAACUUUACAAGAAAAAGCAAAUUCCAAAGAAAAGGAUGUCAUAUUUCAAAAAACACAAACUAAAGGUUCACGUGGUAUACAACGAUAUAGAGAACGAAAGAAUCAAGGAAAUGAUAGAUUUAAUACUCAACCAGUGACUUUUCAAGAAGUGCAGGAAGCAGUUUUGCAAAAUCAACGCAAUGCCACAUUAGUUAAAAAAUCAAAUUUGACAGAAACUACGACUGAUGAUGAAUUUGAUCCCUCUAAAUUAAGUUUGGCAGAACGAGUAAAUUUGUUUAAUCAGAAAAUUGAAAAAACUUCAGUAUCAAAUAUACCUUUGGAAAGACAUUCACGAAGACGGCCGGCUGCUCGUUAUAAAACACAACCAGUUACAUCCGAGGAAGUUGAAGUAGCAUCUCGAAUAUCUCCAUUGAGUACUAUUAAUCAACGUCUAUUAGAUACUAGUGAUCUACCAAAAAGCAUUUUAAAGUCUGUGGCGUUACAUGCACCUAAUUUGUCGCAAACAAAAAAUCUUGAACUUGAAGGAAUGAAGUUAAUAAAAUCUGUACUUAAAAAAGAAUCUGAAGAAAUAGAACAACAGACACUUCAAAACUGUGAUAUUUCAUCACGUUCUGUAAUAAAACCUAAUUUAAAAUUAGAAGAAAAUAAGACAGGAAGCAUAAUAGAAAAUAAUUAUCCAACGCAAUAUGGUUUGAAUUGUACCUAUAAUGAAAAGGAUAAUCAUACAGAAGGUAGGCAACAUGAAAUUAAACAAAAAUAUACAGUACCUUUUCGCAAAUAUAGUACACAGGAUGAAUUAAGUAGAACAAAAUUCAAAUCUUCAUUAAAUGACAUAGAUAAUGUUCAAAUUACUACAUCUAAAAAAUAUGAAGACAUUUUACUACAAAUAUCUGGAGGUGAGAUAUUCUCUGUAAGUCAUGAAAUACACAACAUAAAAGAUGAACCUGCGGCUCCUUCCUGUCAUCCUAUUUUUUCGAAACAAACCAGGUGUACUUCAUUAUUGAAGAGUGUCAGCCAUCACGCAAUUAGCAACAAAACCAAUGAAAGUGAAUCGAAUAAUACAAUAAUACAAAAACAACAUGGUGUACCUCUUCCAGGAUUAUGUCGUAGCGUAACACAAGCAAUACCGAUAGUAGAUAUUAAUGAUGGUCCAAGUAUGAGUAUUGCAGAACGAUUAGCUGCACUACAACGUAGUGGAAAUACAAAUUGGAAGCGCCGUAUAGCUCCUGAGUCAGCUAAUUCAUCGGAUGGAGUAUAUUCUAAUUCAUUGAAUAAAGAAGAAGUGAGCAUCAAACAAGGAGUACUUGCAGAUUGUCUUGGAAAGUUAGAAUCUGCAACAGAGGAUUGGAAGAAAAGAAUAGCAGCUCCAGAUGUAACAAAAUUUACAGCAGCUGGUAAAAUGAAAGUAGAACAAUUAGAAAACUUAGAUCCAGGACCAUCUUCUCCGCUUAUUGAAGUUACAGGAAAUAUUACAGAUAGAAAGAAAAAAACUCCUCGUCCUGAACGAUUUAGAGCGAAGAAAGGAUACGCAAAAGAUGCUAUAUCUACACCAGCUAGCCCAAAUAAAGAUUCAUAUAUUAAAUUGCGAGGCAGCUUCUCUGAACCUACAAGCGAUGACAGUGCUGAAGAGUUGAAAACGGGAAAGAAUGUAUCACCUAUUGUCUCAGUACCUAAGAUAGAUAACGAAACAUUUACUUCUUUCUUUACUGGAAUUUCAUUAGAAAAAUGUGAGGCUGAAUCUGUUGAUUUAAAUGAAAGCGAUUUUGAUAUGAUUACAUCACAAUCUGAAUUUAGCUAAAAAUUCGUCAUUAGCUAUGGAAGCUCUAGCUGGCUUGGCUUCUACUGAAGACUUUUGUAAUGUGACGUUAAGGAAUAUAGCAGAAACAAAUAUUUCCACGAAUAGAUUACAACCAUACAAAGAUUUGAUGUUAAUAUUAAUUAAAGGCCGGAGACAUGUACAAGUGAGAUUAGUUGAGCCAGUUGCAAAAAGCAUCAAUAGUGGUGAUAAUUUUGUUCUAGUAACAAAAUCAGAGGUUUAUAAUUAUGUUGGAAAAUAUUGCAAUGUUAUUGAAAAAGUACGAGGUGCGGAAAUUGCAAUGAGUAUUCAGCAAAAUAAAGAUCUUGGUUGCCAAACAUCCCAAGUUAUUACUAUUAUUGAAGAUAAAAUAACUUGUACAAAAAAUCAACUGCAAAAAUUUUGGAACUAUCUUGGAGUAGGAAGCGAGAACGUCGAUGUACUUUACCUGCGACUUGUAGUACAAAGUAUUAAUAAUUUACGACCACGUGGUGGUUGUUUCUUCAGUAAAACUAACAGUGCUUGUAAAGUCAAAUUAGAAUAUCGUGGUCCAAUGGGACCAUAA